CCCCAUUCAAAAGUAGUCGCUAUUGUCGCCGUGGGCUGAGCUCGCCGGGCCGGCCCCUCCGUGGGGCCGCGCUGGGACGCACGCGGGUGGACGAGGGGACCGAGCCCGGGCGCCCAUGGCCGGGGCCGCCAUGGCCGAGCGGGGCCGCGUGCCUCCCCCCGCACCCGCGCCCAGCACGGAGGGGCUGCCGCGCGCCUUCCUGCAGAGCCUGCGCACCCUGUUCGACAUCCUGGACGACCGGCGGCGCGGCUGCGUGCACCUGCGCGAGAUCGAGUCCCGCUGGCAGGGCACCGACGCGCGGGAGCUGCCCCGCGGGGUGCUGGAGGGCUUGCGCCAGGUGGCCCCGGCCAGCGGCUACCUGACCUUCGAGCGCUUCGUGGCCGGCCUGCGCACCUCCCUGCUGAGCGCCGACGGCGGCCCCCGGGACCCCACGCGCGCCCCGGCCCGGCCCGGGGAUCAGCCGCCGCCGCCGCCGCAGCGCCUGGUCUUCGCGCCGGCCGACGAGCCGCGGACGGUCCUGGAGAGGAAGCCCCUGCCCCUGAGCGUGCGCGCCCCUCUGGCCGGUCCCAGCGCCGCCGCCCGCAGCCCGGAGCAGCUGUGCGCCCCGGCCGAGGCGGCGCCCUGCCCCGCGGAGCCCGAGCGGUCCCGGAGCGCGGCGCUGGAACCGAGCUCCAGCGCGGACGCAGGUGCAGUGGCGUGCAGGGCCCUGGAGGCGGACUCAGGGGAUGCCCGGCGGGCUCCCCGUGCCCGAGGGGAACGUCGGAGGCACACCAUCACCAGCGGCGUGGACUGCGGCCUGCUGAAGCAGAUGAAGGAGCUGGAGCUGGAGAAGGAGGUGCUGCUGCAGGGUUUGGAGAUGAUGGCGCGGGGCCGCGACUGGUACCAGCAGCAGCUGCAACGAGUGCAGGAGCGCCAGCGCCGCCUUGGCCAGAGCAGAGCCAGCGCCGACUUUGGGGCUGCAGGGAGCCCCCGCCCACUGGGGCGGCUACUGCCCAAGGUACAAGAGGUGGCCCGGUGCCUGGGGGAGCUGCUGGCUGCAGCCUGUGCCAGCCGGGCCCUGCCCCCGUCCUCCUCCGGGCCCCCCUGCCCUGCCCUGACGUCCACCUCGCCCCCGGUCUGGCAGCAGCAGACCAUCCUCAUGCUGAAAGAGCAGAACCGACUCCUCACCCAGGAGGUGACCGAGAAGAGUGAGCGCAUCACGCAGCUGGAGCAGGAGAAGUCGGCGCUCAUUAAGCAGCUGUUUGAGGCCCGCGCCCUGAGCCAGCAGGACGGGGGACCUCUGGAUUCCACCUUCAUCUAGUCCUUGUGGGCCACGCGGGCCCCCAGGGCCAGCCUGGCACUCAGCCCUUCGAGGGUGGGCGCCCCAUCUCACCCGCCCUCUCUGGCUGGAGACCCCCGUCAGGCCCAGGCACAGUCCCGGAGUGGGCGCCUUCCUGCCGCCCUUGCCAGAUGGGCUCCCCAGGCCUGCCCCCGGCUGGCCCCUGCACCGAGCGCUUGACUCCGUUUUGGCUCCUGGUGCUGACAUGGGCUGGGGCUCUCUUGAGUCCGCAUAGUCCGCAGCUACUACUGCCGCUGUCAGUGGACAGUGGGGUACCCCUCCAUGAGUUAGCGCCCCGCCCCGUUUCCAGCGGUGCCGCCCUGGGUCCCAUCUUCAGGGAAAGGCACUGCCCACGCCAGGCUGCACUUCCAACAACGGCCAGCAGAGGGCGCGGGGCGGCCCCGACGCGGGUCCAAGGGCAGCUUCCCCGCUCAACCAGGGCACCAGGACGAGGUGGCUGUAGCUCGGACGCACGGAAGUAGACGGAGGGGGUGGGGAUGGCCCGUAAGCGGGGGGUGCCUGCCUGGCUGGGGAGCCCCAGGGAUAGCGGUCGGACUUCAGGUUCUGGCCAACGCUGAGGGACUCUGGUUGCAGCGGAUCGGCACGCCGGGUGGGCGAGAGCUUGGCCUGCAUGUGCCUCCCACAGACCCUGGGGUGAUGGCCUUCCUCCUCCUGGCCGGGACGCUGCCCCACGUUGAGUCCCACACAACAACCUGUGAGCCUGGCUCCCCAGGAGGGCCCCCAGACAGCUCCCAGACACGUCAUAGGCAAAGCCUGUUCCCCCCACUCAGGAUUUCCAAGGCCUGGGGUCCUGCUCACCCCCCUUUGCUCUCACGCCCAGCCUGUCCCCAGGUUUCAGCUGGGAGAGGCCACUUCCCUCAGCCAAGGAAAACGAGAACCCCCAGGGUACAGGAGGAGGCUGGGGCAGGUCCCCUUGGGUGUCACUCCCUCAGCCCCUGCCCAGGCCCACUCCCGCUGGUGCUGGAGUACGCACUGGUGGGGGGGCCCUGCUCAGCCCAACCUGGAGGGUCCCAGUGUCACCAGAACCAGGGGCACGGCAACAGCAUCGAUGGGUUCUGCAGCCCAGGGCCCCCGAUGCGGGGUCAGCGUGUGUGGGGCGCAGGGCCCCCGAUGCCGAUGCGGCGUCAGUGCGUGUGGGGCGCAGGGCCCCCGAUGCCGAUGCGGGGUCAGUGUUUGUGAGGCGCAGGGCCCCCGAUGUGGGGUAAGUGCGUGUGGGGCGCAAGGCCCCCGAUGCCGAUGCAGGGUCAGUGCGUGGGGGGCGCAGGGCCCCCUCGUGUCCAGGGCACUUUGGUACACUGUCCCACAAGGCACCUGUCUCAGAGGAGGGGCCCUGGCAGGCAGCGUGGCAACUCCCUUCCGGAGCCCAGCUCCAUGCUAACCUGCCCACUGCAACCCCACAGAGCCAUAUUCCCUGCUGCACCUGGUCUGCAGGGGUGUCCCAGGACAGGCCCAAGUCAGCCCAGCAUGCAGCUGCCCUCCUACCCUGAAGAUGGGAGUGGGCUUUCCAGGGGACAUAAGGAUGCCAGGCCUGGACCUCCUGGGCAGGAAAGGGUGCAGGUCCUGACGGCCUGUGCCCCACAGCCCCAGCACCAGGUGGACUGCAGCGCAGUGGGUGGGCCAGUGGCAGCCAGGGAGAAGCCCCCCGUCAGCAGGCUGGGGUCUGCCCACCAGGGCCUCCCCACGUCUGCCUUUGAGCCUGCCAUGCCCUGGGGGAUCCUGGCAUCUUUACUGGACUGGAAGCAGGAGACAGAACAGUGUCUGUCCCGGGGUGACUUCAUCAGGAGACCGCCCACAUAGAGCUGGACCCCGCAGCUGAAGCGGAAAUGUGAGACAGGCUGGCACCUCCGGAAAAACUGCCUUUCAGCCUUGGUGUUCCGUGCAAGGUGAAAAAAAAAAUAGGUCCUCCCAGUUUACAGCUUGAAAUCAGGCUAGUGAGUGGCCCUGGAGACCACGAGGGGAGAAUUUAAAGUGGCCCCGGCUGGCAGGGUCUAGGUGGCUGGCAGAGGCACAUGCAGACCCUGCCUGGAGCCCGCCCUAGGGACGCUGGGCAGGUCAGUCUCCGUGCAGGAUGUGAGCAGUGUCCCUGGGCUCUAUCUGCGAGGUGCCAGUAGCAUGUGCAGGUACAUACACGUGCGUGCACACUGUGAUGACACCCGGAAAUGUCUCAGGACGUUGAAAUGUGUCCUUGGGGGCAGAAGUGUCCCCGGUUGAGAAUCUGCCCCAGAGGAACACACCCACACCAGGCCUCAGGAUUUUGUGUUGAUCAAGUUCCAAGGAAAAGGAACAUCUCAGCCGGGCGUGCUGGCUCACGCCUGGAAUCCCAGCACUUGAGGCCAGGAGUUCCAGACCAGCCUGGACAACGCAGUGAGAGACCCCAUCUCUACAAAAAAAAAAAGAAAGAAAGAAAGAAAGAAAAUGAGAUCUCCAGGUUUAAAAAUUCAUAAACACCACAAGGAAACAAUACACUAUGAGACCCAGCAGAAGCAACAGAUUGACUCUAGACCCAGAUACUAGAAUUAUCAGAGAGAAUAUAAAGUAACAGUGUUUUAUAUAUCUAAAGAAAUAAAAGAGAUUUCUGGAAA